CGUGUCCUUGUCUCGCGAGUCUAUACUUAGAGCUCCUUCUGAAUCAAUCAUUAGCCUCUGCAAGAUCUCGUGAGAGUUUCCACCAUGGCAUCUACCAAGGAAAAUGAUAACGAAGAAGAGCAAGCGUUCCUUCAAUCCGGGGCGCCCCAGGAAGAUGUUGCUUGGUCUCGGGAAGGACGAGGCCCUCGCAAGUCAAUACGGUACUUACGACUCGCACUAGAGAUUGCAAUGGCCGUCGUCAUAAUUCUACUGUUAGGCAAUUUGGUUUACCAACGAAUAGAUGGCAAACAAACUCCAGUUCCGAAUUUUCCCCGAAAGACGUACGUGUUCCUCCCAGAUGCUAAAUACGUACGCGACGACAUGCUCUUCGACGAGCAUGACACCCUCCAUACUCUUCAUAACUGGAUACCGCUGAGUGCAGACGCCAGGGGCUACGUGCAGAUUCCCGAUUAUGAAGCCUACGAUAUUCUCGGAAAACCCCAUACAGUAGCCAUCAACCGGACGUCUGACGGACCCGCAUACAUGAUGUCGGUUUUCCACCAGCUUCAUUGCUUGUCCUAUAUCGUCGAGCAUUACCAGCAAGGAUACGCCGGCGUCAAAUUAACGGAAGAGGUAGCCCAUCACUCGUCACACUGCUUCGACUACCUUCGCCAAUCCAUCAUCUGUUCCGCGGAUACCAACUUAGAGGGAGAGUCGGAAUAUGGCCCAGGCUGGGGAUCAACGCAUGAGUGCGCCGAUUACGAUGCUGUGCUAGCUUGGGCAAACAAGCAUUCAGCGAUGAAAUGGAGGAAUGGUCUUCUACCGGAAGAUUCUGUACUAUAAUUCAAGUUUGUUGGUUCUUGGCUUGGACAAAUUGUACAUAUGAUCAUCGAGCUACCUCCUAUUAUAAACCCGCGCAUGCUAG